AUGGCCAUUUCCCCCAUACGGAGCACGGCCACCUCGACCUACACAGGCUCCACCAUUUCCCUGCCAAUCGCACGCCAGCAAACGAACAACACGGACGGCAUGGGAGGAGUCGCCGUCAAGAAGGAAGGUUGGGCUUCGGUCAAGGAGAGCAAGAACUUCAUUCAGCCCUGGAAAUCCAAAUACCUGAUACUCCGCAAAGAGUCGCUCGAUUUCCACAAGACUGAGGGCGGCAAGGUCGCCUACACACUCUACUUACGGGAUGUCGUCAACGUUGGCAGGGUGGAGCAGGCCGGCACCAUCUUCGAGAUCAAAAGAAAGGCGGACGGCACAUCCAACAGCCCCGGCGAUGACGAUGGACAAACCAAGACUCUUCAGAUCAAGGUCAAGAGCGACGACGACCUCUACGAGUGGAUUGACUUCAUCUACGGCGCUUGUCCCGGCAUGGGCGGCGUCAGCAAUCCUACCAACUUCUCGCACGCCGUCCAUGUCGGCUUCGAUCCGCAAACCGGAGAGUUCAUCGGACUUCCACCAGAAUGGUCCAAGCUGCUGAAUUCUUCGGCCAUCACCAAGGAAGAUUAUGAACGCAACCCCCAAGCUGUCUUCGAAGUCCUCGACUUCUAUACCGAUCUCGCCAAGAGGGCGGAGAACCCUAACCAGUUCUCGAGCCUCACGCCCACGCCUCCGGCUUCCCAGAACAAGCAACUCUCCUAUGGAAGCGGGAACUCGAUUGCUGCACCCCGUCCCGCCCCUGCCGCGCCUGGCCCCCGUAAUCCAAGCUACAGCACGACCCCUCCACAGUCCAGCGCCAGUUCUCAGAGGCGGCCGGCGCAUAGCGAGCAGCAGCAGCAGCAACAGCAGCAGCGCCAGAAAUUGCAGGCCAUGUCGCCCAACUAUGUUUCUCAAGACGCCAUGCGUGACGAGCAACGCAAGAAGCAGCUGGAGGCGCAAAGGCAGCGAGAGUCAGAGGAACAGCAGCGGCGCGAACUCGAAGAAUACAACGCCUCGCUGCCGAAAACCAAGGUUCCCUUGGCUCAGCAGGAAAUCGGCGGUGGCUACAGCCUUAGCCCUUCCCCAUCGGCUGAUCGGUUCAACCCGACUAGAGCAGCUCCGCCGGCGCCCAAGCCCGCCGGGGGCCCAGCCAACGGUCUCCGUGCUCAGAGACCGGCGCCACCUGCCCCUGCAUCGUCUGGCUCGUCCAUUGGCCGCCCUCCGAUGUCUACGCAGUCGAGCUCCUCCCGGGAUCCCGCCGGCCAAGCGGCACGAGCACCCCGAAACGACAUGUCCAACACCAGUCCGAUGCGGCAACCGAACGGCAGCCAGUCUUCCAUGACAAGGCAGCCGCAAUCCCAGAGCCCGGGCGCGUCUCGACUGCCUGCGCCAGUCAAGCCGCUCAAUGUUGCCCCCAAACCAAGCCAGCCGCAGCAAGCAGAGGGCGUCAAGGCGGCAGAGGCUGCGCUCAGCGCCAAGCCGCCGCAAACCGAGCGCAAGCAGGACGUGCGCAUGUCGACCAUGUCCGAGAACGAAGUCAUGGCCAAGCUCAAGGAGGCCGUUUCAAAGGACGACCCCAACAUGUCGUACUCGAAGCAGAAGAAGAUUGGGCAGGGUGCAUCCGGGUCCGUAUACGUCGCUCGAAUCAAAGAUACGGCCCAGGGCAUUGCCCGCGAAGUCCUUCGACAGCAGGGCAGCAGGGCCCAGGUUGCCAUCAAGCAGAUGGAUCUUGCUCACCAGCCGAGAAAGGAGUUGAUUGUCAACGAAAUCAUGGUCAUGAAGGACAGCCGGCAUAGAAACAUUGUGAACUUUCUCGACGCCUUCCUCAGGAACAACAACGCCGAGCUCUGGGUCGUCAUGGAGUUUAUGGAGGGUGGUGCCCUGACUGACGUGAUUGAUAACAACGCGUCCAUAUCCGAGGAGCAGAUUUCCACCAUUUGCCACGAGACAUGCCAAGGGUUGGCGCACCUCCAUUCGCAGAGCAUCAUCCAUCGCGACAUCAAGAGCGACAACGUUCUCUUGGACGCCCGCGGCAACGUUAAGAUCACUGAUUUCGGAUUCUGCGCCAAACUCACAGAGACCAAGUCGAAGCGAGCAACCAUGGUGGGCACCCCGUACUGGAUGGCUCCCGAGGUUGUCAAGCAAAAGGAGUACGGUCCCAAGGUCGACAUUUGGUCGCUGGGCAUCAUGGCCAUCGAGAUGAUCGAGUCGGAGCCGCCCUAUCUGAACGAGGAGCCCCUCAAGGCUCUCUACCUCAUCGCCACGAACGGGACGCCGCGACUGAAGAAGCCGGAAAAGCCGAGCAAGGAGCUCAAGGCUUUCCUUUCCGUCUGUCUAUGCGUCGACAUCAAGAGCCGAGCCUCGGCAGACGAGCUCUUGGCGCACGACUUCUUGAAGCGCGGGUGCCCACUGGCAAGCUUGGCGGAGCUGCUGGCGUUCAAGAAACACGCAAAAUGA